AUGAACGCCCAGGUCUCGUUCCUCGACGGCAACUACACCCUCAUCCACAUUCCGCUCGACCUCUACUCGUCACUGCUACAGCCCAUCCUCCGAAUCCUUCUCCCGCAGACCCAGACCCUCAAGGCGUCAAAGGGCGAGCCGGAACAUGAGCUUGAAGGGCUGAACACCGAGGGCCAGCAUGGCUUCCUCAACAUUAGCGUCACCCCCAUGGAGUGCUCCAUCGUUUGCCACAGCUCGUGGGCCAAGAACGUCUUCGAGCCCGCCAUCAAGGACCUCCCGAAAGACCUCGCCAAGUCCGUGUCCAUAUCCAAAGACACCUAUCUCGUCCUUUCCGUCAUCAGCGCCGGCAUGGACGCCGCGGGCCGUGUCAUGGAGCUGACCUCCCCGCUGGCCUUGGCCGGCAUCCCCAUCUUCUUCAUCACCACCUACUACUCCGACUUCAUCCUCGUGCCCAGCAAGGACAGGCAGACCGUCGUCAAGGCCCUGUUGGCCCACGGUUUCGAGCUGGCCGACAACGAUUCCAACUUUGUCAGCCCCGCAGCCUCCAUUCACUCCCGCGGCUCCAGUCAAAACAGCGGGCCUCCCCUGACGCCCCCACCCUCGACCAUCGCCGAGCUCCAAGUCCGCACCUUCGACCUGCUCAAGAAGAGGAGCGUCUCGCCCUAUGUUGAGGCUGACUUGCUGCUGGUGCAGUGCUCCGGCCGGGAGACCUCCCAGCUCGGAGGCGAGCUCUCCCACACCCAGCGGCCCUCUCUGAGCCGCCAGGUCACGGGCAACAGCCACCGCCAGACUUGGCUGGACAACAUCGACACCAAGCUGUACACCGCCAUGAUAUCCGCCUUGGCGGCGCGGCCCCGCUUCAUCUCCAUCACCUUGGCCCAGGAUGACCCCCCGUCGCUGCUAGUGGACAAGUCGCUACUCGGCCUCUUCGGCGAGUCUCUCGUGGGCGAUACCAAGACGAACCUCACCCCAAUCUUUUUGGAUCUCGAAAGCCUCCCGCUCGAGGCCACCGGUAUCGUUUGUGGCGUGGCCGGCACCCUGGUGCAGGACAUGCGCACCGGGGACAGCGCAGGCCUUUCCUAUCUCUCCACCGCCAGAGCCGGCGCCGUCAUCCUUUCCUGCGAACAGUCGAUUCGCGCCCUCGAGAUCCUCACCCCCAAGCUGUUCAAGGCCUGA